UCAGCCUGUAAUCCCGCGCCUUUGGGAGGCUGAGGUACCUGUAGAUGUCUGUUGUCAGUGCUGUCCAGCGUGUGCCAGGCUGAUCCAUGGUCACUUCCCGGGAUGGCAGCAAGGUGACUUCAGCUGAGGAUGACCCUGACUGAAAGGCUCCGUGAGAAGAUAUCUCGGGCCUUCUACAACCAUGGACUGCUCUGUGCAUCUUACCCCAUCCCCAUCAUCCUCUUCACAGGGUUUUGCAUCUUAGCCUGCUGCUAUCCACUGCUGAAACUCCCCUUGCCAGGAACAGGACCUGUGGAAUUCACCACUCCUGUGAAGGAUUACUCACCCCCGCCUGCAGAUUCUGACCACAAACAGGGAGAGCCUAAUGAGCAGCCAGAGUGGUAUGUGGGUGCCCCUGUGGCUUACAUCCAGCAGAUAUUUGUGAAGACCUCAGUGUUUCCCUGGCACAAGAACCUCCUGGCAGUAGAUGUGUUCCGCUCACCUCUGUCCCGGGCAUUCCAGCUGGUGGAGGAGAUCCGGAACCACGUGCUGAGAGACAGCUCUGGGACCAGGAGCCUGGAGGAGGUGUGCCUGCAGGUGACCGACCUACUACCAGGCCUCAAAAAGCUCAGGAACCUACUUCCAGAGCAUGGAUGCCUGCUGCUGUCCCCUGGGAACUUCUGGCAGAAUGACCGAGAACGCUUCCAUGCUGAUCCUGACAUCAUCGGGACCAUCCACCAGCAUGAGCCUAAAACCCUGCAGACUUCCGCCACACUCAAAGACUUGUUGUUUGGUGUUCCUGGGAAGUACAGCGGGCUGAGCCUUUACACCAGGAAGAGGAUGGUCUCCUACACCAUUACCUUGGUCUUCCAGCACUACCAUGCCAAGUUUCUGGGCAGUCUGCGUGCCCGCCUGAUGCUCCUGCACCCCAGCCCCAACUGCAGCCUUCGGGCAGAGAGCCUGGUCCAUGUGCACUUCAAGGAGGAGAUUGGUAUUGCCGAGCUCAUCCCCCUCGUGACCACCUACAUCAUCCUGUUUGCCUACAUCUACUUCUCCACACGCAAGAUCGACAUGGUCAAGUCCAAGUGGGGGUUGGCCCUGGCUGCCGUGGUCACGGUGCUCAGCUCGCUGCUCAUGUCCGUGGGACUCUGCACACUCUUCGGCCUGACACCCACCCUCAAUGGCGGCGAGAUUUUCCCCUACCUCGUGGUGGUUAUUGGGUUAGAGAAUGUUUUGGUGCUCACCAAGUCAGUGGUCUCAACUCCAGUGGACCUCGAGGUGAAGCUGCGCAUUGCCCAAGGCCUAAGCAGCGAGAGCUGGUCCAUCAUGAAGAACAUGGCUACAGAACUGGGCAUCAUCCUCAUUGGCUACUUCACCCUAGUACCUGCCAUCCAGGAGUUCUGUCUCUUCGCCGUUGUGGGCCUGGUGUCUGACUUCUUCCUUCAGAUGCUGUUUUUCACCACUGUCCUGUCCAUUGACAUUCGCCGGAUGGAGCUAGCGGACCUGAACAAGCGGUUGCCUCCUGAGGCCUGCCUGACCCCAGCCAAGCCAAUGGGGCGGCCAGUGCGCUAUGAGCGGCACAGCGGCCGGCUGGAGGUGUGGGAUGCCAUCGAGGGUGUGCUUUGUUGCAGCAGUGAUGAGGUCUCCUCAGGCAUCACAGCCCUCAUCUUCCUGGACAAAAGGAUUGUGGCUGCACGGCUCAACGGUUCCCUUGAUUUCUUCUCUUUGGAGACCCACAGUGCCCUCAGCCCCUUGCAGUUUAGAGGGACCCCGGGGCGGGGCAGUUCACCUGUAUCUCCCAUGUACAGCAGCAGUGACACGGUGGCCUGUCGCCUGACCCACACAGUGCCCUGUGCCCACCAAAAACCCAUCACGGCCCUGAAAGCUGCUGCCGGGCGCUUAGUCACUGGGAGCCAAGACCACACACUGAGAGUAUUCCGUCUGGAGGACUCAUGCUGCCUCUUCACCCUCCAGGGCCACUCAGGGGCCAUCACGACUGUGUACAUCGACCAGACCAUGGUGUUGGCCAGUGGAGGACAAGAUGGAGCCAUCUGCCUGUGGGAUGUGCUGACUGGCAGCCGGGUCAGUCACAUGUUUGCUCACCGUGGAGAUAUCACCUCCCUCACCUGCACCACCUCCUGUGUCAUCAGCAGCGGCCUGGACGACCUCAUCAGCAUCUGGGACCGCAGCACAGGCAUCAAGUUCUACUCCAUUCAGCAGGACCUAGGCUGUGGUGCAAGCUUGGGUGUCAUCUCUGACAACCUACUGGUGACUGGCGGCCAGGGCUGUGUCUCCUUUUGGGACCUAAACUACGGGGACCUGUUACAGACUGUCUACCUAGGAAAGAACAGUGAGGCCCAGCCUGCCCGCCAGAUCCUGGUGCUGGACAAUGCUGCCAUUGUCUGCAACUUCGGCAGCGAGCUCAGCCUGGUGUAUGUGCCCUCUGUGCUGGAGAAACUGGACUGAGGGCGGGCAGCAGGGCCUCCCUGCCUGGGUGGGGGCGGGGGUGCCGUGUGGGGCCAACGCACUGGACAUCCAUUUGGGGGAAGGAGCUGAGCUUCUGGCAGCUGCUCUGCACUGUCCUGCCUCCUGACUGUAAUAUUAAAUUUUUUUUAAGCCACA